AUGGCAGUGGCACUUCUAGAGGAUUGGUGCAAGGGGAUGGACAUGGACCCCAGGAAGGCCCUGCUGGUGGUGGGCAUCCCUGUGGAGUGCAGUGAGGUGGAGAUUAAGGAGACUGUGAAGGCAGGGUUGCAUCCCCUGUGCGCCUACAGGGUUCUGGGCAGAAUGUUCAUGAGGGAAGACGAUGCUAAGGCAGUCUUCAUUCAAUUGGCCGACACUGUCGAUUAUGCUACAUUGCCCAGCCACAUACCAGGAAGAGGGGGCACCUGGGAAGUGGUGGUAGAACCCCGUAACCCAGAUGAUGAGUUUAUCAAUAGACUAAACUACUUUCUGAAAGAUGAGGGCCGGAGAAUGGUAGAUGUGGCCAGAACCCUAGGGUAUGGCAUUCUCCCUGUUGUGGGCAUGGAGUCUGAGAUCAUGGCACCAGUCAAAACACCAGUUUUCCAGCCUCUGAAAGAAACCAUGUGGUACCGAAAACUGAAAGUGUUUUCAGGAAGCGCUUUCCCAGGCCCAGGCGAAGAGAGCUUUGAAGCCUGGCUGGAGCAGGCCACUGAGAUGCUGCAGAUGUGGCAGGUGUCUGAGAUAGAGAAGAGGCGGCGCUUGCUGGAGAGCUUGCGGGGGCCUGCCCUGUCCAUCAUGCGGGUGAUGCGGGCCAACGAUGACUCCAUAACUGUGGAGCAGUGCCUGGAAGCCCUGCAGCAGAUCUUUGGGAACAAGGAGGAUAAUAGAACCUCUCAGAUUAAGUUUCUUCAGAUCUUUCAGAAGCAUGGAGAGCAAAUCUCUGCUUUUUUGCUGCGCUUAGAGCCCUUUCUGCAGAAAGCUGUACAGCAUAGCUCCUUGUCAGUGCAAAGCACAGACGGGAUUCGCCUGAAACACAUCCUAGCUAAGACCAACAUGACCACCACCCUCCGGGACAAACUCGAGCUUUUAGAUCAGCGAGGGUGUGCUCCCACUUUUCUGGAGUUAAUGCAGCUCAUUCGAGAUGAGGAAGAGUGGGAGACUGCCUUAUCAGUGACCAAGGAGAAGCAGAAACAGACAGGAAGGGGCCGGAGGGCCUCCAGCAGACAGGCAGCAGCAGAAGCCAGUGUCCUUGCACCUCAGUUCAUCAGGCAGGCAGGGGUUUUUAGCGAGGGCAGCCCUCAGACCCUACAUGAUGGGACAUCCUCAUCACUGAAGCGCAAGCGACCACCGUGCCGCUACAGCCCUGAGGAAGAAGACCUUGGCCAGGCAGUGGGUGCCGGGGCUGAAAACCAGCCUCCCGUGAGGCAGAGGCCACAGGUUGCCUCUGAGAAUUUGGGAAACGAGAUGGGGGCUGGGGCAAUGAGCCAUCCCGAGCCCUAG